AUGUCCACAGGCAUUCUAUCAGAGUGGCGCAAGCUGCCAUUGAGCUUGUCUGAGCUCUGUAUUAAUACUACUCUUCGAUGCGGUCAAUCAUUCAGAUGGCAACAUAUUCCCGAAAAUGAGGAGUGGCGAUGCGUUCUCUACGGUCGCUUUCUGUCCCUCAAACAGGACUCAAACUGCUUAUAUUAUCGUUCCGUCCGUCCAUCCUCCCAAGCAUCAUCCGACAACGAGCACAAGGAUAACGAGCACCUUAUCCGCAUAAUCAAUCAUUACUUUAAUCUGACACCUAGUCUGAGUGACCUCUAUACUCAAUGGUCGUCCAAUGACCCCAAUUUCAAGAAGAAAGCAGCUCAAUUCACCGGGAUCCGCAUCCUUCGCCAAGACGCAUGGGAGGCACUGGUCUCUUUCAUAUGCAGCAGCAACAACAACAUUGCACGCAUAUCGCAAAUGGUCGUGAAGUUAUGCACAAACUAUGGAACCCCAGUCACAACUAUCGAAGGCCAUUCAUAUCAUGAUUUCCCUUCUCCGCAGGCACUGACAGGCAAGGAUGUGGAGAGCAACCUACGAAGCUUAGGGUUUGGAUACCGAGCUCGAUACAUCUACCAAACUGCUGUUAUGGUAUCUGAUCGUGAGAAAGGGUGGUUAGAUGGUUUAAGUAACCCCGAGUGCCCGGCAUUUGGUGUGGAGCCAAAGCCCUCUGGCGAGAUGAAGCCAGAAGGACGAGAAGGUUAUCGCGAGGCCCACGAGAAGCUCCUUGAGCUUCAAGGCGUAGGGCCAAAAGUCUCAGACUGUGUUAGUCUAAUGGGAUUAGGCUGGGGAGAAUCAGUACCAGUUGACACUCAUGUCUGGCAAAUUGCCCAGAGAGACUACAAGUUCGCCAAAAGCUCGAACAAGACCUUAAACAAGACUACCUAUGAUGCUGUGGCUAACCACUUCCGCAAGCUUUGGGGCAAAGAGGCUGGGUGGGCUCACAGCGUACUCUUUACCGCGGACCUGCGGACCUUCGCAGAUAAACUGGCUGCCACGAAGAAGGUGGAUGUCCGCGUCAAAGAGGAAAAGUCUGAUGUGAAGAUCGAGACCACCGUAACCACUGGGCUGACAGUGGAUGCGCCCAAGGAAGAAGAUGUGGAUGUGAAGGUCAAGGUCGAGGGUAUUGAGCCUGCUGUCAAGACGCCCAAGAAGCGCAGAGCUGAGACACUACUUCCUGCUGCUCAAACCACAGAGGUACGCAGAAAGUCCAAGCGACUCAGGCGCUAG